CGCGGCUCUGGAUCUCGCCAUCGUCUCUAGCGUCUCUUUCUUUUAUACCGCCACCUGACUUGUGACUUGUCCCGCCUUCUCUUCUUCUCCCUCCCUCCCUCCCUCCACUUUCUCCACGGGCUUCCGUACGCCCCGCGCCUUCUUGUUGCGGGUCACGCACUCUUCUGUCUCCGCCAGCACAGAGGAGAAGCAGGGGAGAGGAGGAGCAGAGCAGGCGAUUCUUCGCGGCGAAGGGGCGCCGAGUCGAACCAAGGCCGUCAGCUCACGCGCCUCCCAUAAAGCGCAGGGACCCAAGGAGAGGAGGCAAGCGUCAGCAAGCAGCAAGGCGCGGACGGCUAGGAAGCAAGAAUGGACGGCGACCACGCGCCGCAUUCCAACUCCAACCAGCACCAGCCGCCGCCGCCGUCGCCGCUGCCGGAGCGGGAGGGCAGCUUCAACUACGACAUAGAGAGCAUGGACGGCGGCGGGUGGCGCGGCGCGGGGAGGUACGCCUCGUCCGACGCGCUGCUGCGCUACGACGACGACGACGGCCCGCGCGAGCGGCUGCUGCGGAAGCGCACCAUGAACACCACCUCCCAGAUCGCCAUCGUCGGGGCCAACGUCUUCGCCAUCGAGAGCCUCGACUACGAAAUUGUGGAGAAUGAUCUUUUCAAGCAAGACUGGCGAUCGAGAAAGAAGAACCAGAUAUUUCAGUAUGUUGUUCUCAAAUGGGCGUUAGUUCUGCUUAUUGGCUUGUUGACUGGGCUUGUUGGCUUCUUCAACAACCUUGCAGUCGAGAAUAUUGCUGGAUUCAAAUUGGUGCUCACAGGUGAUCUUAUGCUCCAGAAGAGGUACUUCACAGCAUUUUUGGCAUAUGGAGGCUGCAAUCUAGUCUUGGGAGCCACUGCUGCAGCACUAUGCGCUUACAUAGCACCAGCUGCUGCUGGGUCUGGCAUCCCUGAAGUUAAAGCAUAUCUUAACGGAGUUGAUGCUUACUCUAUUUUAGCUCCCAGCACACUCUUUGUGAAGAUAUUUGGUUCAAUACUUGGAGUUUCAGGUGGAUUUGUACUUGGAAAAGAAGGUCCCAUGGUGCAUACAGGGGCAUGCAUUGCCAACUUGCUUGGUCAGGGGGGAUCACGCAAGUACCAUCUCACAUGGAAUUGGCUGAAAUAUUUCAAGAAUGAUAGGGAUAGACGAGAUUUGAUUACAUGUGGUGCAGCAGCUGGAGUGGCAGCCGCAUUUCGUGCACCUGUUGGUGGUGUACUCUUUGCUCUCGAGGAAGCAGCAUCAUGGUGGCGAAGUGCUCUUCUGUGGAGAACAUUCUUUACAACUGCUGUUGUUGCAGUAGUGUUGAGGGCCCUGAUUGAGUUCUGUCGUAAAGGAAAAUGUGGUCUCUUUGGUCAAGGAGGGUUGAUUAUGUUUGAUCUUAGCUCGAACGUCCCAUCAUAUGGUACUCAAGAUCUCAUCGCGAUUAUUAUUCUUGGAGUAAUUGGUGGCGUCUUCGGAGGCCUUUUCAACUUUCUCCUGGAUAGGAUUCUUCGUGUCUACAGCAUUAUCAAUGAGAGAGGUGCUCCAUCAAAGAUCCUUCUCACCAUCACAAUAUCGAUCAUCACUUCGGCAUGCUCCUAUGGGCUCCCUUGGCUUGCUGCGUGCUCCCCAUGCCCUGUUGGUUCGAUGGAGGAAUGCCCCACCAUUGGCCGCUCUGGAAAUUUUAAGAGCUUCCAGUGCCCGCCUGGUCAUUACAAUGGUCUUGCAUCACUCUUCUUCAACACAAAUGACGACGCCAUCCGCAAUCUCUUCAGCCGUGGUACCGAAAAUGAGUUCCACAUGUCUAGCCUUUUCGUCUUCUUCAUCGCCAUCUACUGCCUUGGUCUCGUGACGUAUGGUAUUGCUGUCCCAUCUGGUCUCUUUAUCCCGGUAAUACUUGCCGGGGCAACAUAUGGGCGCAUCGUGGGGACACUUCUAGGUCCCAUGUCUGACAUCGACCCUGGCCUCUUUGCACUGCUGGGUGCCGCAUCUUUCCUUGGUGGAACAAUGAGAAUGACCGUGUCGGUCUGCGUGAUCCUUCUGGAGCUCACGAAUGAGCUCCAUAUGCUCCCCUUGGUCAUGCUCGUCCUCCUGAUAUCGAAGACCAUAGCCGAUUGCUUCAACAAAGGUGUGUAUGACCAGAUCGUGGUGAUGAAAGGCUUGCCAUUCAUGGAGGCCCAUGCUGAACCGUACAUGAGGCACCUUGUAGCUAGUGAUGUUGUGUCUGGGCCACUCAUCUCCUUUUCGGGUGUUGAGAAGGUGGGCAAUAUCGUUCAUGCGUUAAGGAUCACGGGCCACAACGGGUUCCCAGUGGUCGACGAGCCGCCUGUAUCAGAAGCUCCGGAGCUGGUUGGGCUGGUGCUUAGGUCACAUGUGUUGGUUCUUCUGAGUGGGAGGAACUUCAUGAAGGAGAAGGUGAAAACAAGUGGUAGCUUUGUGCUCAGAAGAUUUGGUGCGUUUGACUUUGCAAAGCCUGGUUCCGGGAAAGGUAUGAAAAUCGAGGACCUAGAUUUCACCGAGGAAGAAAUGGAGAUGUAUGUGGAUCUCCAUCCAAUCACAAACACUUCGCCGUACACGGUGGUCGAAACAAUGUCGCUUGCAAAGGCUGCAGUCCUGUUCAGGGCACUAGGGCUAAGACACCUGCUGGUUGUGCCAAAGACCCCAGGGAGAUUUCCUAUUGUUGGGAUUCUCACGAGGCACGAUCUGAUGCCGGAGCAUAUCCAUGGGCUGUUCCCCAAUCUCCGCAAGUCACACUGAGAAGCAAAAUCAGCAGGCCACACAAAAUUUUCUUGCAGUAUUGUUAUUUCUCAUGAAGGUGCUGCUUCAUUGGAUCAUGGAAUAAUCAAUCUGAUAUAUUUAUUGUAAAAAGAGCUGAUUCCCCAAUCAGCAGUCGAGUGGAUUUCAUUUUGGCAGCUUGUGUAACAAACAAUCCUCUCCUUGUCAGUACAUGUUCUCUCUUUUGCCUCA